AUGCCACCGAAUAUGCCUACAACCGCCAACGAAAAUGAAGAGUGGGAAAUGGCCGGCCACGAUGCUUCACAGACCAAGAUACAGGAGCAAAAUGCAUCUCAAAACUACCACUCCUGUGGCAAUAACCAACAACUGGUGAGCUCAGGACAAGCUGCAGUUAGCCAGGGCCCGAAUACACGUGCCAGAAAGCGGAAUCGAGUAAAAGAUGAGGAAGAGGACGAACUUGCGUCGGUCACGAAAUAUACCAAAACGCGCACAUCUGCUACGCCAGGAGUGAAGAAUUGGAAGGCAUACACUCUGUGUCAGCUAGCCAAAAGUGAUCCUGAAUCUGUAUGUGAUCUGCUUGAUGGUAACGAGGCUGAAAUCGAAAGACAACGCGUCAAAAUCAAGUCACUUGAAGCAGAAAUCAAGCAAGAAAAGAAAUCCCAUGAAGAAAAUCGUCGCAUACUCGAUAACAAGAUCAAGGCACUCACUUGUCAGAUGGGACAGCUUCUCGCUCAAAAUGCGGAAGAUUUUGGCACAAAGAAGGCAUCGGAUGACACCAUCAAGGGCAUGUGGUGGCAGUUAUCUUACAAGAUCAAGAAUACCGUCAGUAACUAUUUUACUGAGCGGCCUCAAGACGAGACGAUCUCCGUCGGUGGUAUUGAGUACCAUAUACCUGCGAAGCCCACACCUGCUGGCCGAAUUCUUGCUGUACGGGACAGCCUCAAACGGCGUCAGAUAUGGGGUCAUCUGUACUGCAACAUCUUCGCGCCCCAUAGUCGUUGCCACCUUGGAUAUAUUGGUGGGUCAAUGGCUCGCCGUAUUGCGCAUCUAAAUCCCUACAGACUCCCUAGUCCUCAGUAUCUCCAAAUGAUCAGCAGAUUAAAGUCAACUCUUGACCCGGACUUGGAACGAGAGGCAGAUCCUGAAAGCAAUAUCAAACUGGUAGAGAUGAUUCAAGGCACAGUUGCUCACUUCAAAAAUAUCGUACCAGACAAGAUGCUGAACGAAUUUGAAGAGGAUCUGAAGAGCAUAUUCUUGGAUGCGUGGAAACUCUACACCACCAUGAUGACGUCCAAAGCCAUCUUUGUCAUAGAGUGGCACCAGAGUGACGAUGGAAUCAAUAAUUAUCGUUACGACCCAGAGACUAUGGAAUUGUCUGUCGGCGUUGAUCCCAGUGAUAAUACAUCAGAACACACUUUCGCAGUGAUCGAGUCGCCGGCCUUGUGGAAAAUUGGAAAUGGAGACGGCGAAAACUUCGACUCUGCCAUGGUCAUAUGCAAACAUUCUGUGUUUGAAUGGGAUGGCAAGAGUGAGCCCAGUAAACCUGCUUGGGAAGAAUCAUCAUCGUAA